ACUGCGGGACAUCAACGUUAAGACAGACACAAGUCGAACAGUUUUCAAUAGAACAACUCGCUGGAAACACUCUAGAAAAAUGAAAUUCUUCGCCAUCACUACCUUUGCCGCCGUCUUGGCCUGCGCCUUCGCUGAUGUUUCUGAGUUGGGUUAUGCCUACAGCCAACCCGCUGCUAGCGCUCCAGUGAACGCCUACAUUCCUCCUGCAGCUAGCGCUCCAGCUCCAGUGUACUCUGCCCCAGCCCCAGCACCAGUUUACUCUGCUCCAGCCCCAGCUCCAGUCUAUCAGCCUGCUGCCGCUGCUCCAGCUCCAGUCUACUCUGCCCCAGCCCCAGCUCCAGUUUACCACCCAGCUCCAUCUGCUCCAGUCUCAUCAUACAUCCCACCUGCACCAGCUGCCGCUGCCCCAGAACCAGUAUACUCUGCCCCCGCACCAGCUCCAGUCUAUCAGCCAGCUGCCGCUGCUCCAGCYCCAGUCUACUCUGCCCCAGCCCCAGCUCCAGUUUACCAACCAGCUCCAUCAGCCCCUGUCUCAUCAUACAUCCCACCUGCACCAGCUGCCGCUGCCCCAGYACCAGUCUACUCUGCCCCAGCCCCAGCUCCAGUUUUUGCACCUCAGCCAGCUGCCUCUGAAGUCUAUGAGUCGCCCGCUCAAGAUGGUUACAGAUACCGCACUGUCCGUCGUCGCGUCUACAAGCAACGUCGUUUCUAAGCUAGCAGUCUUUCAAGCUUUAGCGUGCAUUUAAUGAACAACUGAGAGGCUUUCGAGGCGAAUUUGUUUUUUUAAUUCGUUCGAAUUGUGUUGUUAACUAUUUUUUGCGACAAUAAAUUUUAGUUUAAAAAAAUCCAA